UAGUUUGGCAGUUGGACGCUGACCAUGGUUGCGAACGGAGUGGCGAGCGAGGCUGCGCCGGCGGCGGCGCUGCAGGCCGCGGACGUCCCCGCGGUGGUGCACAAGGCCCUGGGCGGCAUCGUGGAGGAGCGCGGCUGGGAGAAGCCCAAGUUCCACAUCGAGAUCGGCUCUCAGGAAGGAGACGGCUACCUCAGUGUCCUGUACCGCGUCGUCGCAGAGAACGAGGCUGAUGGCGACGACCUGCGCCUCAUGUGCAAGACGAUGCUCGGCGCCCUGGACGGCUCCCUCUUCCUCGCGCACGUCUUCAAGGCCGAGUCCCUCAUGUACAACAAGGUGCUCCCCGCCAUGGAGGAGAUCGCCAACAUGAAGAAGCCCCUGCCCUGGCCCAGAGGCUACCCCAACGAGCUGCAGCCCCCCUGCCUGGUGAUGGAGGACCUCCGGCCGGAGGGCUUCAGCAUCUGCAAGAGAGGCACGGUGCUCGACGACCAGCACGCCCGGCUCUUCGUGACAGAGAUGGCGCGCUUCCACGGCGCCGGCAUGGCCCUGGACAAGCUGCGGCCUGACUUCAUUGCCGAGUUCGUCCGGGAGUCGACGAACCUCGCGGUGAUGGAGGAGCUCAAGGAGAAGUUCGCCGUGUUCACGAACAGCGGCCGCGAAGCGCCUCUCAUGAUCAAGGACAGGUUCCCGGAGGGAUCACCCGUGUUCGAAAAUCUGAAGACCCGGUUCGAGUCUUUCGGUACAGACUUCUUCGGGUACAUCGUGCCGGACCCCGACGGGGGCAACGCCAUCGUGCAUGGCGACGCCCACAUCAACAACGUCAUGUUCCAGCGCGAUGAGUCCGGCGCGCCCUGCGGCUGCCGCCUGAUCGACUUCCAGGCGGUGCGCUACGGCUGGCCCACCCCCGACCUCCUGACCAACCUGCUGUGCGUCACCGAGAAGCCCACACGCGACAAGCACUUCCGGGAGUGGCUCAAGCUCUACCACGAGACCCUCCAGGACACGCUUUGCGCCGCCGGCAUCAAGGACCCCGACAGCGUGUACUCGUGGGACCGCUUUCAGGGCCACCUGAGCCGCGCCGCCAAGAUGGUGGUGUGCAUGGUGCCAAUGUUGGUGUUCGGCUUCACGGAGGACGAGGCCAUCAAGGAGAUCCAGGGCGCGCUGGCGACAAUGGCGACCAACGAAGAGGACCAGCCCCCUCCCGACUACCAGUUCAAACUCAAGGAGACCCCCACCCUGAAGCGACGCUUCGGAGACGUGGUGGACGACCUGGUGGAGUGGGGAUGGCUGUGAUGGCUGCGUUGGCUGUGAUGGGGACUUGAUCCACUUGGGCUCGCAGGGCGACCCCUUUGGAAAGUUCCAAGUAUUUCUUGACGCAUAUUGGCGGGACCAAUGCGAAACGUAUCAUUAUAAGACUUUGCAGGAUUACCCUGCAUCAAAACACUAGACCCCACGGGCCUAACCAAUCGUGAUAACUUACUACCAUUUCUUACCACAUGUACAAGUGCAUACACAUCUGUCGAAACCGCUUGUUUUUUAAAUUGGAUAAAAUGUUCCAAAUUUAUUA